AACGAGGCGGAUAUGACCGGUAAAUAAGUGACAUUAGUCGCAUUGGCAGUUACUGGAAGAAAUAAUGGUUAAUUGGGUGGUCAUUUGAUACAGGUGCAAUGUCUAGCACGAUGCCCAUGGCUGCGGUAAGGACUUUUUCGAACAGCUACAGUACAACACACGCUGAUAUUCGGUAGAUGUUCACGAGGAAUAGGUGAGAUAACUCUAGCUGAUUGUCUGUGUUUCCUAUGCGCUCGGAUUCUUACACGCGCCACCCAUACAGGAUGAUCGGAUGGGUUGCUUUCGUUCUCUCGCUUCAAGGUUGGCUAUCGGAAACUCCUGCCCAGAAGAGGAACGCCUCGACACCGGGAUACAUGUCGGUUCUGAUGUCUUGUUUGUCAUCCCCUAAACCCAAUUCUCUACAAGUGAAGUGGCUGACCGCGCGAUAUCGAAUUCAGUGAUGGCACUGGUUGUGGUACGUCUCCUAGCUAUGAGCAUCGACUCUUUGUCUGGUAUCUUGAGUUCUCAUCCUAAAUUCCUACUCGCAGACAUACUUCCCCAUCUUCAUUCCCCCGCCGGCCGCACGCAGCGGCGCCGCUGCUACACCUUCGCCUUCUCCUUAA